CUUUGACUGUGCCUAUGUGUACCGGAAUGGGAGUGAAGUUGGGGAACGGAUCCAGCAGAAAAUCAAGGAAGGUGUUGUGAAAUGAGAGGACCUUUCCUCGUCAGUAAGCUACGGUACACAUUUUAUGAAAAACCUCUGGUGAAGGGAGCGUGCCAGAACACUCUUGCCAUCCUGAAGCUGCAUUACCUGGAUCUCUACCUCAUGCACUGGCCUCUUGGGUUCAAGGCAGGGGAGGAGCUGUUUCCCAUAGAUGACAAAGGCAUGUCAAUACCCAGCAACACAGAUAUUCUACAUACAUGGGAGGCCAUGGAAGAGCUGGUGGAUACAAAAGCCAUUGGUAUCCCCAACUUUAACCAUGAGUAG